UUUACUUCCCGUACGACUACAUCUACCCCGAGCAGUUCUCCUACAUGCUGGAGCUGAAGCGCACGCUGGACGCCAAGGGCCAUGGAGUCCUGGAGAUGCCCUCGGGCACUGGGAAGACUGUGUCUCUGCUGGCCCUGAUCAUGGCUUACCAGAGGGCAUAUCCGCUGGAGGUGACAAAGCUCAUCUACUGCUCAAGAACUGUGCCCGAGAUCGAGAAGGUGAUUGAAGAACUGCGCAAGUUGAUCAACUUUUAUGAGAAGCAGGAGGGCGAGAAGCUGCCAUUUUUAGGGCUGGCGCUGAGCUCCCGCAAGAACCUGUGUAUUCAUCCUGAGGUGACCCCCCUCCGCUUCGGGAAGGACGUGGAUGGCAAGUGCCACAGCCUCACGGCGUCCUACGUGCGUGCCCAGUACCAGCAGGACUCCAGCCUGCCCCACUGCCGCUUCUUCGAGGAGUUUGAUGCCCAUGGGCGUCAGGUGCCCCUCCCUGCUGGCAUCUACAACCUGGAUGACCUGAAGGCCCUGGGGCAGCGCCACGGCUGGUGCCCAUAUUUCCUUGCCCGCUACUCGAUCCUGCAUGCCAACGUGGUGGUGUACAGUUACCAUUACCUCCUGGACCCCAAGAUCGCAGACCUGGUGUCCAAGGAGCUGGCCCGCAAGGCUGUGGUGGUCUUCGAUGAGGCUCACAACAUCGAUAAUGUCUGCAUCGACUCCAUGAGCGUCAACAUCACCCGCCGGACCCUCGACCGCUGCCAGGGCAACCUGGAGACGUUGCAGAAGACGGUGCUCAGGAUCAAAGAGACGGACGAGAAGCGGCUGCGGGAGGAGUACCGGCGCCUGGUGGAGGGGCUGCGGGAGGCCAGCGUGGCCCGCGAGACCGACGCCCACCUGGCCAACCCCGUGCUGCCCGACGAGGUGCUGCAGGAAGCCGUGCCCGGCUCUAUCCGCACGGCCGAGCACUUCCUGGGCUUCCUGCGGCGCCUGCUCGAGUUCGUUAAGUGGCGGCUGCGCGUGCAGCACGUGGUGCAGGAGAGCCCGCCCGCCUUCCUGAGCAGCCUGGCGCAGCGCGUGUGCAUCCAGCGCAAGCCCCUCAGAUUCUGUGCUGAGCGCCUCCGUUCCCUGCUGCACACGCUGGAGAUCGCUGACCUGGCGGACUUCUCCCCACUCACUCUCCUCGCCAACUUCGCCACCCUGGUCAGCACCUACGCCAAGGGUUUCACCAUCAUUAUCGAGCCCUUUGAUGACAGGACCCCCACCAUCGCCAACCCGGUCCUGCACUUCAGCUGCAUGGACGCCUCGCUGGCCAUCAAGCCCGUGUUUGAACGUUUCCAGUCAGUCAUCAUCACUUCUGGGACGCUGUCCCCCCUGGACAUUUACCCCAAGAUCUUGGACUUUCAUCCCGUCACCAUGGCGACCUUCACCAUGACACUGGCCCGGGUCUGCCUGUGCCCCAUGAUCAUUGGCCGCGGCAACGACCAGGUGGCCAUCAGCUCCAAGUUUGAGACCCGCGAGGACAUCGCGGUGAUCCGGAACUAUGGGAACCUCCUGCUGGAGAUGUCGGCCGUGGUCCCCGACGGCAUCGUGGCCUUCUUCACUAGCUACCAGUACAUGGAGAGCACUGUGGCCUCCUGGUACGAGCAGGGCAUUCUUGAAAACAUCCAGAGGAAUAAGCUGCUUUUCAUCGAGACCCAGGACGGAGCCGAGACCAGCGUGGCGCUGGAGAAGUACCAGGAGGCCUGCGAGAAUGGCCGUGGGGCCAUCCUGCUCUCCGUGGCCCGUGGCAAAGUAUCUGAGGGCAUAGACUUCGUGCACCACUACGGGCGGGCUGUCAUCAUGUUCGGUGUCCCCUACGUCUACACCCAGAGCCGCAUUCUCAAGGCACGGCUGGAGUACCUGCGGGACCAGUUUCAGAUCCGUGAGAAUGACUUCCUAACCUUCGACGCCAUGCGCCACGCAGCCCAGUGUGUGGGUCGCGCCAUCCGGGGCAAGACAGACUACGGGCUCAUGGUCUUCGCAGAUAAGCGGUUCGCCCGCGCGGACAAGCGAGGGAAACUGCCCCGCUGGAUCCAGGAGCAUCUCACCGAUGCCAACCUCAACCUGACAGUGGACGAGGGGGUGCAGGUGGCCAAGUACUUCCUGCGGCAGAUGGCGCAGCCCUUCCACCGGGAGGACCAGCUGGGCCUGUCCCUGCUCAGCCUGGAGCAGCUGCAGUCGGAGGAGACACUCCGGAGGGUGGAGCAGAUCGCCCAGCAGUUGUAGCGCCCCCCAGUGGCGGGACCUCGAAGACCACCCAGCACACGCUCCCAGCUGCCCACUGACACCUUUAAUUGGUCUUUUGUGGUGGGAGAAGCAGGCAGGGUGGGAGGGCUUCCCCAGGAGGUGGGGAGGGAGGCAGAAGGCCACGCGUGUCCCUUCCCCCGCAUCACUUCCCGAAGCGCCGUGUGUGGUCCUGCGCACUUCAGCGAGGGCCCAGGUCCUGGGUGCUGGCGCUGAGGGUCCGAGAGGCCUCGCUCAGUUGGCGGCUGGAAAACU